CGAGCACGGUACAGUUGCGCGUGGAGGAGAUUCAUCAUGCACGACAGGCCGCCUGCUUCAGUCGCGAGUAGUCGCGCUGGUACGCCUGUGUCCCCGACAGCGCUGCAGGAUAACGGACAGAGACCGGAGACACUGACCGACGGCGGCACCGUGCAGCAGUGAGGAGUGCGGAUGCAGCAUUACUCUACCGGACAAGUGUUUAGUAGAGGCGAAGAUUCCGAGCUCGAGUAGGACGGUACGGCUCGAGUGCUGUUUGUGAGGGAUGCGGCCGUUGGAUGCGCCAAGCCGGAACGCGCAGGAUGUCUUAUCCGCCUGUUCACGACCGGAGUAGAUCCAUGUGGACAGGAGGUGUUCCCUGAUCUCCAGGUCCCUCCGUGUCCCUCACCAGCUCUCUCCUGGCCUCCUCGUACUGGUGUUAGUCUGCGUCCAUCAUGACGUCCACGCUGCAGACAUUAGCCAUUAAGCUGGCUCUUCCCCCACGAGAGGUGGGGCCAGAGCCAUUGGCUCCCUGUGCUGAGGGGGCAGGGCAUGGGUAUGAGGCGGUGCCGUCAGUGGUGUGCUCCAUGUGCUGUCUGUUUGGGAUCAUCUAUUGCUUCUUUGGCUACCGCUGCUUCAAGGCCGUCCUCUUCCUGACGGGUCUGAUGUUCGGCUCGGUCAUCAUCUUCCUGCUGUGCUACAAGGAGCGCGUGCUGGACACGCAGCUGAGCGUGGAGGCCAGUGUGGGCAUCGGCCUGGGCAUCGGCACGCUGUGCGGCCUGGUCACCAUGCUGGUGCGCAGCGUGGGCCUCUUCAUGGUGGGUCUGCUGCUAGGCCUCCUGGUGGGCGUGGGCACGCUGGCGGGCAUGGAGGAGCUGUCGUCGGCGCCGCCGCGCUCCGUGUGGGUGCCACUGGGCGUCUUGCUGGGUCUGGGCAUGGUUUUCGCCGUGCUGACGCUACAGUGGCAGCGCUGCUUCACCACGCUCUCCACGGCCGUGUUCGGCGCCGCCGUCAUUACCGUGGCCGCCGACUACUUUGUGGAGAUGUUCGCGCUCGUGCGCUACGUCUACGAGCGGGUCAAGGCUGCGCCGGGCCAGCCACAGUGUUGGGUCACGUGGGCGGUGCUGGGAGCUUGGCCCGCCCUCGCCCUGCUGGGCGUGCUAGUGCAGUGGAGGGUGACCGCCGAGGGCUACUCCCACACAAAAGUCAUGUUGAGUCGUCAGCAGCGCCGGGUUCAGCUAAUGCGUAUCCGGCAGAAGGAGGAGAGGAGGGAGAACAGCCGUAAGAAGAGGCGGAGUCAGCAAGCCCAGCACCACGCCCACUCAGGCAAAGCCACGCACCCUGAACCCGCCUAUCGCAGGAAGCCCAACCCAGUGCGCCGCUACGAUGGGGACGUCCUCUCUCCGAGCUACAUCCAGAGUUUCCGGGACAGGCAGGUGGAUGGGCGUGCAUAUCCCAACGCCAGGCUCUCUGGCCCACAUGCCGUCGUGGACGUGGACUAUAACUGCGGUUCUACUGUCCCACUCACAUCCGGGGCAGAACCCAACCUCCGAGUGUGACCUUGUCCAUGUACACAGACAGACAGACUCACCUAUAUGCAUGCACACGCUUACACACACACACACACACACACAAAAACUCACACUCACUAUUCUCCUGGUGCUGUACCUGAUUUGCCUGUGCAGAAGACAUGAAUUUAAAAAUACACAGGUAUAAACCAACAUUGUGUCAGUGAUGUUAUGAAGAAAUACAUCGUGUCAGUCAAGGUAUUACACUAUAUAAAGGUAAGCCACCAGUCUGAGCAUGCUAGGGACCUAGGGUGCAUUUAAGACACACACACACACACACACACACACACAAAUGCUGAACACGUGUCUGAUAGUGGUGCUGUUCUUCAGACACGUUUCAUGUAAUAAGGUGAGGAACUUUUGUUGACUUAGUCUGGGCCCAGAUGAUCCCUUCGUGUGAGGAUCCCUCUCUGGGUGCUGAAUCUUUCUGACAUUAAGCUCACUGCCCUGUGAGACCAACCCAUGCCUCUUCUCAUUGUAAAUCUCCUGCAAGUGGAUGUCUGUAUUGUUGCAUUGUUGCCCUUGACUGUACCAAAUAGCUGGUGGGGGGGUGCAUUGGGGUGUCUCAGGAGAAUCUGCUCCUGGGUUUUGUCUAAGGAGGGUACAGUGGAGAGAGCCAUAUUACUGCAGCGAAUCCGCACCGCCGUCUGAGCGCACAGACCGGAGAGAACGGCAUCAUGCGGAAUAGCGGCCAAAGAACAGCAAAGAAAGGAGAUACUCAGGGACAGCCAGAACAACAUAAACUGUCAAAAAACAAAACACAAACCCACGUCCGACCCGAGGACCGGCUGCAGGGGCUGAGGGCCACCAUGUGUUCGAGCUGAAGACUGUUAUUGGGUUGUUUUGUUUUUUUGGGGGGUGGGGGGAGUGUGUUUUGUUUUUUGUUUUCUUUUUAUUGCAAAACCUCCUACAGUCAUG